UUUUUUGUUUAUUCUGUGGAGAGGUAUUUUUUGUUUUAAACUGAACGUAAUAAAACUUUUUUCUUUUAAUAUCUGACUAAUUAACUUUUAUUUAUUUUUUUAUCUAUUGGCAUAAAACUAUAGCUGAACACUAUGCAUAAAGCUAUUAGCCCUAGAAAAAGGAAAUUCAAAUCUGUAGACGUAAAUCCCAAGAGACGGCGUAGAUCUGAUAGCGGGGAUAGCAUUAUGGAUGUAGAUCUUGAAGAGAUGGCUAUGAGGUAUGAUGCAACCGGCGAUACGUCUCAUUUGCUGGCUGUAGGACAUGUGGGGGGUGGGGGCAUGAGUGCAGAAGGUGGUUUAGACAUGCGGGAAAUACGUGCUGACAUAGCUAGAACUAGACGUGUGUUAAUUGCUGCUGAUGCCUGGGGGGAUAGAAUGACAGAUGCACUAGACAGGGCUGCUAUGAUAAAUGUUUCGAACGAUCCAUGUGUGGGGUUAGAUGUCCCCGGGGAUUUAGACACACGGGAUGUGUUGUAUGCGGCGGCAAACACCAGAGAUGUACUUAACACUGUCGAUGGGUGGCUGGCUAGUGCACAAGAGAGGCUAGACAUAGCCGCGCAGAUAGACAUAACAUCGCCGAUAGAUGUAUUGCAUGUGUCGCAACGUGACGGAAGGGGAUGGCGAGGGUUUUCAGGAACCCCUGGCUGCUGCAGGGGGUAGGACUGGUGACUCUAUAGAGUCGAAUAUACAGGACGGUGGCGGUGGUGGUGGCGGUGUUGUUGAUGUUGAUGGUGACGAUGGCGGUGCUGAUGUUGAUGGCUGUGGUGAGGAUGAUGAUGGUGGUGAUGAUGGUACACCUGCGCCUAUGAUGGAGGGUGAUGAUGAUGGUGGUGAUGAUGGUGCACCUGAGCCUAUGGUGGAGGGUGAUGAUGAUGACGAGUUGCAUACUAGAUUAUUUCCCCGCUUUAACGGUUUUGAGGUUAGACAGUCCAUUGAUCUGAGAAGUAUAUCCCUUGCAAAUUUACAAGAGGUCCCUGAUUUGAUCAGGGAGAGGCUGUCGGGGGUCAUAACAAACUGCUCACAAAGUACAGCCGACGGUAGUGUCUUAAACGUUGUUUUGAGAGGGCCUUCACUGGCAGCUGAUGUGCAGGCUGUGCUCGUGGCAGGUGAUGAUUACAAUGCGGAUUUGUUUAUGGAUCAUAUUAGCCAAGUCAUACAGAGUAACGACACAGGUCUGACGGAUGAUGUGUUAGAGCUGGUGGUCACAGGGGUCCAUAACAAACGGGGUGGUGUGCGUUUGAAGUUAAAAACAAUUCCCUAUGAUGAGAUCAUAAACAAGAAGAAAUUAAAUCUCUACACACCUAGUAACACACAUGACAAUUUGUGUUUCUCACUAUGCAUGACACAUUUUCUGCAGGAGGGGGUAACCAGAGGCAACACAGUGCCCGACGAGACUAAUUUGGAGGCGGCUCGCAAAUUACAUAGGGAGCUGGGGUACGGUCCAGAUCACUCUGUGGGUUUCUCGGAUGUUUUCAAAUUUGAGAGACAUCUAGAUGUUAAAAUCUUAAUAUUUCAUCAUAAUGAUGCAUUUAAGAAGCUGGAGAUGUUCCAGACGCAUACGGGCCAACAUCCUAAAACAAUAUGGUUGUACCUGCAUGAUAACCAUUAUCAUUGUAUAGUGAACCGCACGGCUUUCUUUGGUACGCGAUAUGUGUGUGAAUAUUGCUACAAGGCCCACGAGGGAAUUCUAUUCCACAAAUGCCCGGUCCAUUGCAAUGUGUGUCUGACAGUGUGCGAUAGCCUGGCAGGUCGUACUAUAAAGUGCACGGACUGUAGUCGUAUAUGCCGCUCGCAGGUCUGCUACGCCACACAUAAGAAACAUUCUGCCGUACAUAAAAUGAUACCAUGUGAAAAGAUCAAAUACUGCAAUCAGUGUUGUAGACAGUAUAUCAUACCGCAGAAGAAAAAGAAGAGGGGGGAGGAGGAGGUGGAGGAGGUGGAGGAGGAUGCCUAUAAAGGUCAUGUAUGCAGCGUGUCAAAGUGUCAUCACUGCGGUGAACCGAUACUCAGCGACACUGUGCAUGAAUGUUUUAUCCAGCCGUACGACCGCCUUAAGAAACGCAAACGCAAGGGUCGACGCAAAGGUCGGGGGAACCUGGCUUGAAUAUCUAUCCCACUCCAAUAACCUGGAGAUUCAGCACGCUCUCAAGCACGGGGAGGCUGAAUAUGGUCCAUUCUUCCUAGAUGGAUAUGCACCAGCUAUAAACACAGCCUAUGAAUUUGCAGGAUGCUUUUAUCAUGGGUGUGAACGUUGCUACAAUGCUGGUCAUCAGAAUCCUGUCGUCAAAAAGACCUAUGGAGAAUUAUGGUUGCAGUUUCACCUCAAAGUCAAGGCCCUCAAAAGAGAUCAUGGUUUAAGAGUUGUGGUCAUGUGGGAGUGUGUGUGGCACAGACAGAAAAAGACAGAUGCUGCAGUGCAGGCAUUCUUGGCUACUCUGAAGAUACAACCUAGGAUUGAUCCUCGCUACUCUCUCUAUGGGGGCCGCACCAAUGCCAUCAAAAUGUACCACAAGGCCGAGCCCGGUGAGAAAAUACGCUACUAUGACUUUACCUCUCUCUACCCCACAGUACAGGCCCGCUGUGCAUAUCCUGUAGGACACCCCCAGAUCAUUUUCAGGAAUUUUGGUCCAUUGGAUGGGUAUUUCGGCAUCGUUAAAUGCACUGUGUUGCCCCCCAGAGGUCUUUACCAUCCUGUGCUCCCUUACAGAUGUCAUGGGAAGCUGAUGUUCCCCCUCUGUGGUACAUGUGCCACUGAGCUCAAUCAGACAGACGCAUGUCAUCACGGCGACGAUGAAAGGGCUCUGACAGGUACAUGGGUGACUUUAGAGGUACAAAAAGCAUUAGAAAAGGGUUAUGUGAUAAUCCAGAUGCAUGAAGUAUGGCACUACCCCAAGCGGUCGAAGUCUCUGUUUAAAGGGUAUGUCAAAACGUUUCUCAAGCGUAAACAGGAGGCUUCAGGAUACCCCAGCACAGUGGAUACUGAGGAGAAACAGCAGGCGUAUGUGCAAAACUAUCUGGUUAAGGAAGGCAUACAGCUGGAUCACGACAACUUGAGCGUUAACAAAGCCAUGCGUAAUUGCAACAAGUUGAUUCUCAACAGCCUGUGGGGUCGCUUUUCGCUACGCCCAGACCUACCCACUUGUGAGCUAAUUGCUGAACCUGAAAGGUUCACCCAGCUCAUGUUCAGCGACAGCUAUCACAUUAGCCACUUUUGUUUUGUUUCUGAUGAGGUGGCCCUUGUAAAAUGGAAACACAAAGAUGCCCGUCUCGAAAGGGCUCGGGAUGUUAACGUGAUUGUGGGGGCUGUGACUACGGCCCAUGCCAGGCUCAUGCUCUAUGACCUUCUAGACAAAUUACAGGAGCGUAUCCUCUAUUGUGACGCAGACAGCAUCAUUUUUGUUUCCAAGGAGGGUGAUUGAGUACCCCCUUUAGGUCCUUAUCUGGGCGACCUGACCGACGAGAUAAAUGAUGGCGAUCUGUAUGGUACCGAGCGGGAGGAUUACAUUAGCGAAUAUGUCUCAACAGGUCCUAAAAGCUAUGCUUACCACACACAUCACCACAAGUCUGUAGUCAAAUGCAAAGGGGUGACUUUAAAUGCAGCAAAUGCUGAAGUGGUCACCCAGCAGACGCUGAAAUGUCUAAUAGAUGAUUUUGUCAACGAUCGACCGCAAACCCGCGACAUCACCACCACGGUAGAUACCAUUCAAAGGAAUAAGAAUAAGCUUCUGCUUAAAAACGCUACUGUGGUUAAACGACUUAGGGUGGUUUACAACAAACGCAGGGUUUUUCCCGACUACACCACGCUUCCUUACGGCUAUUAACCAUUUUGUAUAUUGUGUCCAAAUGAUCCCCUGUUUUUCUUCUUCUUCUUCUUCUUCCACAUAUUUUUUUUUUUAUAUCUUUUUAUAUUAUUCAUUUUGUAUUUUUUGAUGUGGUAUGCAUAUUGUGUUAAGAAAAUCAAUUCAUACGGAAAUAUACCACACUUUCCGGCAGGUUAUUAACUAUUUUGUUUUGAUUUAUUGUUUUCAAAUUGAUCCAUGUGUUCUUCUCCUUUUAAUCUUUUUAUUUGAAUCAUUCUGUAUUUUAGGGGUAUUCAUAAUGUGAUAAAAGAAAUUCAAAUCACAUGUUAAAUGUAUAUGUAUCAUAAUGUAUCUGUAUAUACUUUUAUAAGCGUCAUGCAUUAAUGAUGAAUGAUGAAUAUCGUAUGCUA